AUGAAGCAACAUACUAAUGAGUGUACAGAAAAUAACUACAAAAAAUGUUACGAAGAAAGGUCUAAAUUUAAUGGCAAAUAUAUGAAAAUGGAAGAAAAUUUAUUAGGGAACAAAAUAAAAGAUGAAAAACGAUCUCUCAUAAAGACUACAAUUAUGACAACAAAUAAUAAUUAUAAAAAUGGGAAGCCACCGAAUGGUUCCUAUAUCAAUGUAGGAAAUAGACUUGUAAAAAUUACAUUUACAAGUCAGAAAAAAAUGCAAAAAGAUUUAGAAAAAAAGAGAAUGUUGCAAAUGAUAAUGAAUAAAAAAAAAAAAAAAAAAAAAGAAUUUGAAAGGAGAAAAAAAAUAAUUAAUAAUCUAAGUGAAAUUUUAGCUAAGGAAAAGGAAAUGGGGAAUUCAUAUUUUUUACCAAAAAGUUUGAAGAGAAAAAAAAAAAAAAAAACUCAAAAAUAUAUUGUUUUAGAAAAGGAAAUUAAAAAGAGUAUAUAUAACGAAUUAGUAGAAAGUUGCCAUAUUGAAAAAAAUCAAUGUCUGGAUAUAAUUAAAAACAGAAACAAAUGGAGCAUGAAAUGGUCUACAUAUAUAUUUCAAUGUUUAAAAUAUGAAAAUCUAUAUUACAUAGGAAUUAGAAAAAGGAAAAAAAUAACAAAAUAUUCUGAUUUUAUAAUUUAUAGAUCUAAUCAUAAAGCUUUACAAAAAAUUAAUAGCAUAAAUAAAAAGGGGGUAAACCAUAAACAUAAUGAACAACUUUAUAGUAAUCAAUACUUAGAUUAUGUAAAACAAAAAAAGGUAGCUAAAAGGAUUUACUAUAACCCUGACAACAACAUAUUAAACACAUUAAAUUUAGAUAAUAUCAAGCAAUAUGAUACACCACAUAUUAUACAAAAUAGUUCCAAAAAUCAGGAAUAUGUUGAAAAGGACUCCAAAAAAAAAGUGAAUAUUCCCUUAAAGCAAGAAGAGAAUAAUAUUAAAGGGAAAACUAUUGAGCCAAUUCUUGUGCAAAAUGUAAAUGACACCAUUUUAGACACCUCAAAAGAAAGCGACAAUACAAACUUUCAAGGAACUAAUGAUUUGAAUAAAAAAAUAAUAAAAGAAAAUAUAUUGAAAAAUGAAAAAAUUUUAAAAUUUAUUCAAGUUAGUAAAAUAGAAAAAAAUACAUACAUUAAUGAUUAUGUAGAUCAUAAAAUAACAGACAAAUUAAAUAAUAUGGUUAAGGAUUUUUUGAAAAAAAUAUCAAAAUCACAUGAUAAAUUAUUAUUAUUAAAAAAUCGACGAAGAUAUUAUUUAGGAAUGAAAGAAUGUUAUAAGCACAUAUGUAUAAAUGAUCCAAAGUUAGUUUUAGUGGCACCAAAUAUCGAGCCAACAUUAAAUAAUGUAUUUGAUGAUAUGAUAAAUAAAAUAGCUUGCAAGUGCAAAGAAAAAAAUAUUCCCUUAGUUUUUGCUUUAAGUAAAAAUUUAUUAGGUAAAUGUAUAGGAAAAUGCCGACAAUCAAUUAUAUGUAUAAUUGACAAUGAUUCUUAUAUAAAAGAAUGUAAUGAAAUAAUUAAUUUGGCAAAUUCUCUUAAAAUAUAUAAAUAA